AGAGUGGGGAAAGACUUGUGAAGCACAGAGCUUUGGGGCGCCCGAAAUUCUGUGUGUCCACGGCGCAGAGACGUAGGAGGAAUGCGGAACUCAGCGAGUCUGGGGAAGUGGAAAUAGGCAAGUUCUUGGAUCCAAAGGAACGGACCACAAUAGGCAGGCGGGGCGGGGAGAGGCGGUUAUACGUUUAAACUACAGUUCCCAGGAAGCAUUAGGCAGACGGAUGUGAGGUUAGGCGCGAGCCGCGACCUUUGAAGGCAAGAAGGAAGUGCUUGGGCGUCGCAGAACUGGAGAAGCGGAGGAAGAGGGAGCAGUAUGUCUGCAGAAGUCCCCGAGGCAGCCUCCGCGGAGGAGCAGAAGGAAAUGGAAGAUAAAGUGACUAGUCCAGAGAAAGCUGAAGAAGCAAAAUUAAAAGCAAGGUAUCCUCAUCUGGGACAAAAGCCUGGAGGUUCCGAUUUUUUAAGGAAACGAUUGCAGAAAGGGCAAAAAUAUUUUGAUUCUGGGGAUUACAACAUGGCUAAAGCAAAAAUGAAGAACAAGCAACUUCCUACUGCAACCCCGGAUAAGACAGAGGUCACUGGUGACCACAUUCCCACUCCACAGGACCUUCCUCAACGGAAACCAUCUCUUGUUGCUAGCAAACUGGCUGGCUGAUUAAAAAGAGCUGAACUGCA